AUGCGGCUCCCAGCAUGCUGUGCGCGCGGGCAAGAUGGCGGCGCCCAGGGCGAGCCCCGCACGGCCGGCUCCUGCUUUCCCCUUCCCGCUGCCUGAUUCUGGGGAGGGGGCGGAGGGCGAGCCCCCCAAGAGGAAGAAGCCCCCUUGCCGGGCCUGCACGGAUUUCAAGAGCUGGAUGCGCGACCAGAAGAAGGCGUCGAAAACUGAAGCUGAAGAGGAGCCACGCCUUGAUUGUCCUAUAGACAGAGAAGAACUGGGGAGAAACUCGUGGGCAUUUCUUCAUACGAUGGCAGCAUAUUACCCCGACCGACCUAGUAAAACCCAGCAGCAAGAAAUGGUGCAAUUCAUUCACUUAUUUGCUAAGGUUUUCCCUUGUCAGGAGUGUGCAGAAGAUGCGACAGACAGAAUACAGCGAAAUCACCCUGACACCAGCAGCAGGCGGAACCUGACCCAGUGGUUUUGCCGGCUUCACAAUGAAGUGAACAAGAAGUUGGGGAAGCCCGAAUUUGACUGCUCCCUCGUAGACGAGCGCUGGCGAGACGGCUGGAAGGACGGCUCCUGUGAUUAGAUACGCUGCUGGAAAUAAAAUUGAAUGCUCUUUAAUUAAAAAAGAAAGAAAGAGGAAGACCCACACCAGUGAGGUACACAAGAAGUCCUGGGAAGGGUACUUUUUUGGAUGGGGUUGUCAGUGUGACUGAGGCUGGGAGCAGAGUCUACAAGAUGUGUCUCCCCUUGUGGUCAAUGAGUACCUGUCGUUUUAUCAGAAGUCUUCAUCCCAACUUUCUCCUUGCUGUUGGAAUGUUUCCCAACUUUAUCUUUUUUAAUUGCCAUUCAAUGCUGCCUUAAAAAUCUAGGCAAUUUCUAAGCUUGCAGGGGAGUGGGGGCCCCAGCCUUUCUAUUCUAUUCCAUCUGUUCCAGACCCUACUCUGGCCUAAAUAAUCUUCUCAAAGGCCUUGAUGCCCAUAUCUAUGCCUUUUUUUCCCCAUAGGACUGAGUAUUUUCCCUUUCUUUUGUUUUGCGCCUGAUCAACAGACUUCCUUCUUGCCCAUUUCUUCCCUGCUCUUUGAAAUCUGGAACACUUUUCAUAAUCACAUUCUUGGAGAUUCUACAUUGGUAAUUGAAUCAUUUCAGAUUCCUGACAAGGGCAUGUGUUACCUUUUUAAAAAUGGGUUACUCAGUGUGCUGCUGCCAGGACGUCUAGGAUUGUAGGGUUUCAUUCAUCUUCCUGCUUGUUGAAAUCCUGAAGGACGGAAGAUAAAAUCAUUUCAUUCUGGGAUCAGGUCUCUCAUUUCAACGGUUCAGAUGUUAUCCUUUGCAUUUCUCUCUCCCUCUCUCUGGUCAGGGGUGAAUCCUAACUGGAGCAUGAAGUAAGUCCAGGAAAGUUAUGGUAAUAUAUGCUCACCUGUGUUGAAACAGGAGGGGAAAUUCAUGAAGGUUAUAUUAGUUCUCGAACCUAUGUGUGCCAAAGAUCUCACUGUCUGUGCAAGAGAUUCCUAGAGGUGAUAAUCAUGCUCCCAGACUGGGCGAACCCUUCUGCUAUGACUGGGCCACAGUACUGCAAGAUGCUAGCAGGAGAGAACCACACCCAUGUCGUAUAUCCCUCUGAAGAGUUGGGGAUUGAUAAAAAUCUUGGGCUGCAAGUAUGAGACAGUGUUGGUCCACAUAAUACUAGCAAAUCAUCCGUACAGCUGUGGUUCAGGUAUGGGGUUAACUUUGGUUCCAAGCAAUGGGACUCUAAGAGGCGACUACAUGAAAACCAUGAAUGAAGAGAGAUGAAAGUCCCGCUAAUCUGGCUUUUAAAUUUGUGACACACUCCCCCCCCCCCACCCCGAAAUCCAGUUUUUCUGUUUCUAGUUAUUACAAGCAAGCCCUGUGGCUGAGCUGGGGAGUCGUCUUUGAUACCCCCUAGGAUCAUUUUCCGACAUUUCCCCUGUGUGUUUGGCCUCCGCAACAUCUUCUGAUUUAUUCAUUUUGCGAGCUGUUUUAACUCCCCUGACACAAGAGGACCGGGUAAAGUUAUUUACACUUAAGGGUCUUCAGAGGUGAUUAUUCUGUGUGGCCUCUUGCUAAAACCACCUGAACCUGAAAGAUACAAAAGGCUGUGAAUGCAAACAAAUGAUUUUGAACUGCUCUGUGUGCUUUCUUUUUAAUUAUAAAAGGCAUUUCAGUUUAUUGGCAAGGGUGUUGUUUGCUCAAGUGCACUUGAUGAGACGGCAGAUAUGAAGCGUGUCUGAAAAUGUAUUUAAUUCCUGUCUGGUGACAAAACAAUAAAGUUAAACAUUUCAUUUA